AUGGUUGGACCACCAUCACCCCCCAAGCUGGAGCAUCACUGUGGCAUAUGCUCGAAAUCAUUCAGAGUGAAACUUGCUCUUAAACAGCACAUGCUGCAUCACAAAGAAAUGCGGAGCGCUUGGACAUGCAAAGUGUGCAACACGCGAUUUGAGGAUGAGCUGGCAUUGGAACAGCACAGGAUAAAGACUCUCCAUGAUCUAAGGCCGGAUAGCCAGUGCCACACUUGCAAGCAGUAUUUCCCAUCGGCCAACAAACUUAAUCGGCACCGCAAAUUCCCGUUACCUUGUGCGGAUGCUUUCCGGAAGCCAUCAGAACCCAAGAAUCGCAACGGACCAGCCCAGAUGCCUCGCCUAGCGAAUUCUCCAGGAAAGGAGUAUGCACAUCCUACUCCCAAAUUCAGCCUAUCGUACAUCGAACCGUCACCAGAUAUAACUCGCCUAACGUACAUUGAGCCAUCUCCGGGACAGACGAGUACUACGAGUGCUGAGGGCCCGUAUUGCGAUGUAUGCAAGAAGUAUUUUGCUAACCGAGGAGCGUACAACAAUCACUGGUUAGGCUGCCGACCAUCACUACCAGUUCAAGCUCUCCCGGCUCGGUCUUCACAGGUUCACGCUCAAGCAUCAGCUGCAACCCUCUCACGGCAAGGUGGACCUGUGGUGUCCCCACCACAACGCCAGAAGGACGUAUCUAAGUCUGCAGUGAUUGCGCAACGACAGGAUAGACCACCAAAGUCUCUCAUGGAAGCAUCAAAGCCCAUUCCAAUCACCCGGUCAGUCUUUCCUCCCCAGCUAGCUCAGCCUGCAUUCCCACCACCUAUAGCUCAGACUUCGACGACAAAUAUUCCGAGUGCGCCGGCCCCAAUCAGUUUCCAAUGCAAAAUUAGAGGAUGCCAAGCAACAUUCCAAUCUAAACCUGCGUUGAACGUUCACAAAGCAGACAUACAUGGAGUUGGCGGUCGGAAUCCUGAUCUCCAUCGAAAGGAUCCAUACAUGCUUUCUCAUAUUCAGAAACAAAGUCCAAUCGAGUCAGAAGUAUAUAGGCCACAUCAAUCUCCGGGCAUAACCACCCCACGAAAUCUGAGGGGAGGGGAAUACCCUGCAAGCGGUCACCCUUCUGAUGGCUAUCCGAGUCCCCAGCAACUAGCUGCCCCGGCAUCCUACUAUCCACCAAUGGGACCUUCCGGUCUACCAGGCGCUACUAGCUCCUCUGUCAGUGGCCCUGAAGAUAUGAUUCAAGCACGAGAGAUCCGUGAGAAGAUCAUGCGUCUUUUACUGCAGUCCGAUGUUGUCAUCCACCAUGAUGGAAAGAUUACAUGUGGCGGUAUUAAUUGGACUCGGGUCGGAGUUUCGAGGCAGCGUGAGGUUGCUGGUAUGUUUGCCAAACUUUGCCAUCUGCCAGAGACGCUCCAGUACUCUGAGUAUCUUCCACCUCCCAAAACCUUCAAGGACGAGUACACUGCCGACUACCCUGUUGGGAGAUUCAAACUUUCCCCGGAGCGAUUCAUCACCAAGCCGACUCUGGAGGUUGUAGCAAUUUCUUGCAGUAGGAUUACCUUAGCAAACGGACUCCAAGAGGUGGUCAAAAUUGCGGCUAUUGAUGUGACCUCCUGCCGGAUCUUAAUGAAUCACCUUGUCUGCACAGACCCGAAGGCCUCGGUGCGGGACUGGCUCACGAAUACUACCGGAUUGACUGCCUGGCGUGACAUGGAAGCUGCCCGCCAACUAGGAUACAAAGUCUUGAAGGGAUGGUGGGCAGCUCGAGCUGCACUUUGGAAGUUCAUUGACAAGCAGACCAUUCUGGUUGGCUACAACCUCCGGGGUGAACUAGAUGCACUUCGAAUGAUCCAUGGUCGGUCUGUUGACGUUGCUAAAAUUGUCGAAAAGGCCGCCAGUGGGCCGCUAUCCAAGCAACAGCUAAGUCUUGAGAGUUUGUGUCGAGAUCUUCCCGCCGCUCAUCUUACGACCAAUCCAACCUUCGGCCAAGAUGCUCUACAAAAUGCUUUCGCGAUCCGGGAGUUGUGUCUUUAUAUUAUCAAGAAUGAAGACAAUACCAAGAGGUGGGCAAAGGCGAAAUCAUUGGACUAUCAGCGGGCCACAGGCACCGCUUGA